CCCACGCGACGCCUGCCGGGAAUGGCCGUUUCCUCCACUCGGGGAUUUUCGCGCGCUGCUCCCCUCCCCCUCCGGCGCACGCCUUUUACGCGCCUCGAUCCUUUCCGUCGCCCCGGUGCGGAGAAGGUAGCGGCGUGCGAAGGACUGACACGGAAGGUCACCUCGAGGCUUUUUUUCGCUUUCCAUUCAGUUUGGUGGCGGGGUAUUUCUGCAGGAGCGUUUUGGCCAGCGAGUUGGAGAGGGUGCCUGGGCUUUCCUGCUUCGCGCCGCUGUUCACAGCCUUUGGAAGCAGCCGAGAAGUCCUGAAAGCUUUGGGAAAAAGAAGGAACGGAAUUAACAUCCAUUUUGUGUAUGAAAUCUCUUAUAUGUGAAGUCUCACUCUUCUUACAUAUGAAAAAGAUCUUAACCAUCUUGUGUAUGAAUUAGCAGCAGUGAAACGUGCACAAUGGUACAUGCUGAAACAUUUUCUCGUCCUCUAACUCGGAAUGAAGUUGUUGGUUUAAUUUUCCGCUUAACAAUAUUUGGUGCUGUGACCUAUUUUACAAUUAAAUGGAUGGUAGAUGCAAUUGAUCCAACAAGGAAGCAAAAAGUAGAAGCUCAAAAACAGGCAGAAAAGUUGAUGAAGCAAAUAGGUGUGAAAAAUGUUAAGCUUUCUGAAUAUGAGAUGAGCAUUGCUGCACAUCUGGUGGAUCCUCUUAGUAUGCAUGUAACAUGGAAUGAUAUCGCAGGCUUAGAUGAUGUUAUUACAGACCUGAAGGACACUGUCAUUUUGCCAAUCAGAAAAAAACAUCUAUUUCAAAACUCAAGACUUCUGCAACCACCAAAAGGAGUGCUGCUAUAUGGCCCUCCAGGUUGUGGUAAAACCUUGAUUGCUAAAGCUACAGCAAAGGAAGCUGGUUGCCGUUUUAUUAAUCUUCAGCCCUCAACAUUAACAGAUAAAUGGUAUGGCGAAUCCCAGAAGCUGGCAGCGGCUGUUUUUUCUCUUGCUAUAAAACUUCAACCCUCUAUCAUCUUUAUUGAUGAAAUAGAUUCUUUUCUACGAAGUCGUUCAAGUUCUGAUCAUGAGGCCACAGCUAUGAUGAAAGCCCAAUUCAUGAGUCUCUGGGAUGGUCUAGACACUGAUUUUAAUUGCCAAGUGAUAGUGAUGGGAGCUACUAAUCGCCCUCAGGAUCUUGACACUGCCAUUAUGAGAAGAAUGCCUACAAGAUUUCAUAUCAAUCAACCUGCACUAAAACAGAGGGAAGCCAUCUUAAAACUUAUUUUGAAAAAUGAAAAUGUGGACAGGCAUGUAGAUCUCCUGGAGGUUGCUAAAGAAACUGAUGGGUUUUCAGGAAGUGACUUGAAAGAAAUGUGCCGCGAUGCUGCACUGCUGUGUGUCAGGGAAUAUGUAAAUACUGCGUGUGAAGACAGCAACGAUGAUGAUGAAAUUCGCCCAGUGCAACAAAGGGAUUUGCAUCGAGCAAUCGAGAAGAUGAGGAAAUCAAGGGAUGCAACAAAUCAAAAUGUUCUGAUGCAUGUUAGUUUAGAUUAAUGUUAUCCAUAGUUUCUUUUGGUGACUGGUAAUUUAAAUAGUAGAAGUCAAUUGAAAACAAAACAAAACAAAAUCCUUUUAAUGAUUGUUUCUGGAAUUGCUUUUAUAUGCUGAUACCUAAGUUAUUGAAACUUAGUAAUUUUGCAGAAUUGGAUUCGGUCUGUGUGACAGAUCAUGACAUGGAGGUAUAUGGUCUUGCUUAAACCAAUGUCCUUGUUGCAGCCUUAAAAAUUUGUUGGUAGAUUUUCACAUGGCACAUGGUUAUUCUGAGAAGGAGCGGAGCCUAUGUAUAUGUAUAUGAGACGAUGUGUGUGUGUGUAUAUGAUAUGUAUGUAUAUCCACAGGCUUUUAUAUAGAGACAUAAUAUGUAGAAAACUUGAAUGUGAAAUCCGUUCAUUCUUUUUCUUUUUACUUACUAUCUGGAUCGAGUUAGAUCAUGGGGUUAAAAUAAUAAUUGCACAGUUCCCUAAAGCACACCCAUUUUGCUUUUUUGGAGAGUCGGGAGGGGUGUAUCUGUAAUAUAGGGAAAUUCUCAUUUCUCCUUUGCAUCAUAACUGACAGUAUGCGCUGGUGCCAAUGACCUAAAUAUAAAAAGUGCUCAAAUCUCAUGAAUCUUCAUUUUGUAUGAUCCUACAAAUUGUAUUUUUUAAUACCUUUUUUGUAUAAUUGAAACUUACCAUUGUAGGCAGAACACUGGAAACUACAGGUUGUUAAUGUUUUCUUUUAUUUCUGAAUUGUGAAUAAUGUCCUUUAUUUAAUUACUGGACAUAAAUAUUGGCAUUGCUAAAUUUGCUCUAAACAUUCUAAGUGGAAAUAACAAAAAUUCUAACAUAAAGGAUAGUGGCUUUCAAUUUUAGUUAAAUUUCUUUCUGUAAGACAGGGAUCUUGCAAAGAGUGGGAAAUAAUAUUUUAUAUUAAUUAUGAAAUAAUCAUAACAGGAAAGAUUGGAAUAAUAAGAUUUAUUUUCUUAAAUUCAUGUACUGCUUUUUUUUCAUAUUCAUAUCUGUGUUCUAAUUCUAGGUGUACUCUUUAGUUUUUUUUCUUUGGGUAUAGAACCAAAAUGUCUUUUACAGAUUAUAUCCUAACUAGAAUGGUUUAGGGUUUUUUCUAUGUGUCCAUUUCAAAAUGGAAAAUUUGUGGCCAAGGAAAAAACGAAUCAGUUACUGUUACAUAAAGCAAUUUUUGUCAAAUGAAAUAAUUCUUUUAAAAAUCCAACCAAGUCAUCUUAGAAUUUUAGUCCCAUUUAAGUGGCUGAUCAGAAUAUUUGGGAUUAAGAACUGAGUGGGUAAAUGUAUAUGUGAUGAUCAUAUGCUUUUACAUUAUGGAUGACAUUAAAUCAUAAUGGGGAUGGGGUGUCAUUCCCCAGUUAAUUUCCCUUUUAUUGCUAAAUUAGUCCUAUCCAAACCCCUUGUGCAUAUCUGAGGUAUAUAUCUGAAAAGAAGAAAAAUACUUGAAAAAUAUCUAUGCUUCUGGAUACGCUGCUCCCAUCUUUAGCCAUACAUAUAAAUACAGCUUGAGAUAUCAGUAAGUUAACCUUUUAAAGUCAUUUACACACAUCUCUUUUGCAAUAUGAAAUCCUAGGACAAAUUCCCUAGGUAGAUUGUAAUAAAAUAUUUGAUUUAAUUCUUCAAUUAAGUCUUUUAUAUUAAUGACCUUUAUUGUAUUCUGAUAGUAAUUCUUUGGUCAUGUCUCAAAUUUUAUUCUACUUAAUUUCAGCCAAAAGUAUAAAAUUAAUAAUUGUAUCUGAUCUUUCCAGUGUUUUCUAUGGCCUAUAAAUAAAUGUCACACAAUGA